AUGAAGGUCUCAAGCAAGACCAUCAUCACAGUUGCACCACUGGUGCUAGCACUCGUUGUGAACGGCAGCCUCAACACUACCCUGAGUACAACAAGUAUUACUGCGGCAACUCCGUCUCCGUCUCCGUCUUCGCUCGUGUCUUUGCCCAACCACAUCAACGCACUAGAUGCGGCCGGGCAAAUCAGCUGGACGGACGUCGACGGAGGACGAGCUGCCAUCCUCCAGCAGCCAAGUACCCAAAAGCGAGAUGACAUUUGGAACGGGUUCGCCGAUCCGCCCCAGUUUAUCCACAGCGUGUGGAACGCCUUGCACGCCGAUAUCGAGGUCCAGAACUACGACGGUCGCGCAAUGUGCCCUGCUGGCGGGAGUCACAUGGCCAAGGCGCUCGUCGAUUCCAGCGCAAAGCUGGCCUGCAGGUACUUCGUCAAGCAGAGCGUGGUCGGCGAACUUGGGCUGAAGGUCUGGCACGCCUACGAGGUCCACGACGACCAGGUGACCAGCGAUGGGCCUGGGUUUAUCAGAUGGCUCCUUGGAAGCGUAACUGACCACCCUGCCCCGUUGACCGAGGAUUUCUGCUCGGACUUGUGGGAUGCGGUCAAGAGCAUGUGUGUCACCGCAGGCACAAUCGCUGAUACGCAAGGACAGGUGGUAGAAGCGGGUGAUUGGAUGCUGUAUGCAGACCCUACUAGUAACAAGAACAAUACUUAA